AUGAUGACGUGCCGUCUGCUGUGCGCCCUGUUGCUGCUCGUCCUGUGCUGCUGCCCGUCCGUGUGCGCGACAGGGAGUGAAGAUAUAACUGAACAAAAAACCGUUUUAAAGGAUGACGAGGAAGGGGAACCAGGUCAGGUAACGGAUCCGCCAAGUACAACUCCUUCUCCACCAGAGAAAAACGAAGAAAGGAGAGGGACGGAGGAUUCACAAAACAUGGAGACUCUUGCGUCACUUACAACGAGUACAGUAACCGAAACACCACAGCCACCAAAUACUUCCAAUAAUACACAGGAUCAAGAUGAUGGGAAACCCACUACUGAAGAUGCAGUCAUUGAUAAGGCCAAUAUGUCAAAUAAACAAAAUAAGAAAACAUAUGCACCAACCACGACGACCACGACGACCACGACAACCACUACAACACAGGCACCAAGUAUUACGACUGCAGAGGCGCCAACCACGACGACCACCCGCGUACCGUCACGUCUUCGCGAAAUCGACGGCAGCCUCAGCAGCUCUGCGUGGGUGUGUGCCCCGCUGCUGCUCGCCGUAUCCGCGCUGGCGUACACCACUCUGGGCUGA